AAAAUGAUUAGUUAAUGAUUAAGUACCUAAUUUUUGUAAAAUUUUUUAAAUGUUUUAUACCUAUGCUCAAUCAAGUUUAACAGUGUUGUGAUAUGUUAUGUGCGUAAUCAAUAUAAGUCGAAGAAAAUGGAGCAAUUAAACGUGAAUCUAAAAUAUACGAGUAGUUAAACUGAAACAGGAACUAGAAAAUACAAUUUGAAACAACAUGUUCCUCGUUGACAAGGGCUCAAAACUGCUAAGAUAGGAAUCAGAAGAUUCUGUUGAAGAUCCAGUAUGUAAUCCAAAAAGGCCAGUCAAAAUCUCAUUUGAAGAAAUAACUUCAGCUGCCUAUAGGAUCAGAAGUGGUAUCGUUCACACGCCAUGUAUAAGAUCGCACUUAUCAAGUUUAACAGGAAUGGAUAUAUAUCUGAAAAAGGAUUUCUUACAGCAAACUGGAAGUUUUAAGGAAAGGGGCGCGCGAUACGCCAUGAUGAUGUUGUCGCCGGAACAGAGACAGAGGGGAGUGAUAGCAGCUUCUCUUGGAAACCAUGCUCAGGCCGUCUGUUAUCACGGCUAUUUGCUGGGUAUACCCGUGACGGUGGUUAUGCCCAUAAUAGCACCCAUCAUGAAGAUGCAAAAAUGCAGAGAUUACAACGCGAACGUUAUAAUGGAAGGCAAGGAUAUGGACGAGGCGAAAAGAAUAGCGGUGGCACUAUCUAAACAAAAAGGGUUAACUUAUAUCAAUGGUUAUGACAACCCUCAAAUAAUUGCCGGACAGGGAACAAUAGGUCUAGAAAUACUUGAGCAAGUAGAAGACAUCGAUGCCGUUGUAGUACCUACGGGAGGAGGAGGGUUAUUGGCUGGAAUUGCUGUUGCAAUUAAAACAUUAAAUCCAAAUAUAAAAAUCAUAGGAGUUGAAUCUGAAAGGUGUGCUAGUUACGCCAAAGCAAUAGAAAAUGAAAAACCAGUCUUUACAGCCAUAGAAGGUACUCUUGCAGAUGGUUUAGCUGUUCCAAUGAUAGGGUACAAUGCCUGGGAAACGUCUAAAAAUCUAGUAGACAAAAUGGUGACUGUUAAAGAAGAGUGGAUAGCAGUGGCAAUUCUGAGGUUCAUUGAAAAUGAAAAAUGUGUUGUUGAAGGCGCCGGGGCCUGCGGCUUAGCUGCAAUUUUAGCCGGACAGUUAGAUGAAUUUAAAGGUAAAAGGGUGGUUUUAAUAUUGAGUGGAGGAAAUAUCGACACAACAAUACUUGGGAGGUGCUUAGAAAGGGGCCUUGCUGCCGAUGGCCGUUUGGUGAAAUGCAAAGUUACUGUUAGUGACAGACCUGGAGGGAUAUCGGAACUAUGUAAACUAAUAGGAUCUAUAGGAGUUUCUAUUAAGGAUGUUAUACACGAAAGGGCCUGGGUAGCAUCAGAUGUUUUUAGUGUAGAGGUGAAAGUGGUUUGUGAAACGAGGGACUACUUGCACAGCAUAGAAUUAAGGGACUUAUUAUUCUCCAGAUACAAAAGGGUGCGGUUUGAUAAUUUUCCUCUAAAAUCUAGUGUUACCUCCUCCACAGAUUAAAUUUAAUUGAGUGUUGAAUAACAGAGACUGUUACUGAGUGAUAUAGGUUUAUUUUACUUAAUUUUUGUAUACAAAAGUAAAUAUUAAAAACAUUUUAAAAUCAACAA